CACCUACCAUCACAUUGUCUUCUUUCAAAGAUGAGCUGCUUACCAAUCUUUCAACUUCUCUGCUUCCUUUUGUUCAUCCUCAGCUUUCAAACUAAUCUUUCCUUCCCUUUAUCUGCCCCUCCAACUAGAGAAUUGUGCUCUCCUAAGGAGAGUGCUGCUCUUCUACAAUUCAAAAACGCCUUCUUCAUUGACCAUGAAUAUGUUUCUAUUCUGUGUGGCGCAUUUCAUGUUAAAUUUUAUCCUAACAUGGAGUCGUGGAAGGAAGGUACAGACUGCUGCUUUUGGGAUGGGGUAACUUGUGACAAUAUUACCCACCAUGUGAUUGGCCUUGAUCUCAGUUGUGGCGGGCUUUCUGGUACCCUCCGUUCCAAUAGUAGCCUCUUCACCCUUUCAUACCUACAAAGACUCAACCUUGCCAAUAAUAACUUUCAAGACUCUCAGUUUUCACCAAUGUUUGGUCAAUUCACAAGCUUAACAUACCUGAACCUCUCCCAUUCAUGGUUUUCCGGGCAAGUCCCAUCUGAAAUCUCCCACUUGAACAAAUUGCUUUCAAUUGAUCUCUCCUCUAAUUUGGUCUCGCUUAAAACUCAUACAUUGAAAGGACUUGUUCAGAACCUAACAGAGGUAAGACAACUUUUCCUUGAUGGAAUAGACAUGUCUUAUGUUGAUCCUUCCUCUUUCAUGAAUCUACCAUUUUCUUUGACACAUCUAAGUCUUGAAAACUGUGUUUUGAAAGGAAAUUUUUCAAGAAACAUUUUCCGCCUUCCAAAUCUUGUUUGGCUCAAUUUAAAAGGAAAUUUCAACCUCAUUCCUAAACUUCCUAAGUCAAACUGGAGUGGUCCACUUCAGUUUUUGGAUCUUUCAGAGACAUCUUUUUUUGAAAAAUUCCCUGAUUCUAUUAUAAAUUUAGUAUCCUUAAGGCAUUUGAGUAUGGUAUCAUGUUUUUGUUCAGGAUCACUUCCAAGAGCGUUAGGGAACUUAACAAAACUUAUUUUCUUGGACCUUUCUCGCAACCAAAUCAUUGGUCCAGUCCCAUCCUCAGUUACGAACCUAACACAACUUCAGUUUUUGUAUCUUUACAAUAAUAAUUUAGGUGGUCCCAUUCCUGAUCAAGUAGCUUCUUUUCUAGAACUAAAAGAAAUAGACUUGUCUAAUAACUUUCUCAAUGGAUCCAUGCCUUCUUGGGUGUUUAACAUGCCAUCAUUAGAGUCACUAGUUCUUUCCAAUAACCAAAUUACUGGUCAGAUCUCAUCAUCUUUCACAAAUCUAACACAGCUUUUGUCUUUGCAUCUUUCUAAUAAUCACCUGGUUGGUUCUAUUCCUGAUCAAGCAACUUCUUUUCUGAAUCUAAGAGAAAUAGACUUGUCUCAUAACUUUCUCAUGAGAUCAAUACCUUCUUGGGUGUUCAACCUAUCAUCAUUGGAGUUGCUAAGCCUUGAAAAUAACCAACUCACUGGUCACCUAAAUGAAUUUCAACAUGAAUCAUUGACGCACAUAAACUUGGCAAAUAAUGGGCUUGUGGGUCCGAUUCCAAGCUCAAUAUCCCACCUUUUGAAUCUUACUUCACUAGAUUUGUCAUCAAAUAAUUUGAAUGCAAUUCUUGACUUGGACAUGUUUGCAAAGCUCAAAAAUCUCCGAUCUCUUGAUCUUUCACAAAACAGUGAUCUGUCAGUCAUCUCCACCGUCAAUGUCACUUACAGCUUGCCUCAUCUUACAACCUUGAUUUUGUCUUCUUGCAACACCUCCCAAAUUCCUAAGUUCUUGAGAGGCUUAGAGGGUUUGUGGACCUUAGACCUUUCUAACAAUAAGAUUCAAGACAUUCCUGAAUGGAUGUGGGAUGUUGGGAAGGAAACUUUGAAUUACUUAAAUCUCUCUCAUAACUCUCUAGUAAAUAUAAAGCAGCUUUCUUGGAAAAGCAUUGGGACUCUUGAUCUCAGCUUUAAUUUGAUUGAAGGGCCUCUUCCAAUUCCACCUCCUAGUGUCCAUUUCUAUUCAAUCUCAAAAAAUAGCUUGACAGGAGAGAUUUCUCCUUUGAUUUGCAGACUCAAUCAACUUGUAGUUCUUGACUUGUCUCACAACAACUUGAGUGGAAUCAUUCCACCAUGCCUUGGAAACUCGAGCAAUCUUGAAGUAUUGAAUCUAAGGAUGAACAAGUUAAGAGGAAUGAUCCCCACAACAUUUACAAAAGGUUGUACUCUGACAAAUCUUAACUUGAAUGCUAAUCAACUUGAAGGUUUGAUGCCAGAAGCAAUUGUCAACUGCAGAGACCUGGAAGUUCUAGAUCUUGGCAACAAUAACUUGUAUGGUAGAUUUCCCCAAUGGUUAGGAACUCUUCCGGUGCUGCAAGUUCUUGUUUUAAGGUCAAAUAAAUUCUAUGGCUUUCUAAGAGAUUCCAAGACUAGCCUUUCUUUCCCGAAGCUGCAAAUUCUGGAUGUCUCCAACAAUAAUUUUUCUGGUCCAAUUCCAGCUGGGUGCAUCAAAAAUUUGAAGGCCAUGAUGAAUUUCAAGGAAGGUAAAACUGAUUUGCUCUACAUGGGAGGAUAUUUACGUUUUGGUACAUUUGAUGAGUAUUCUAUUAGUUUGGUGGAAAAGGGGUUUGAGAUAGAAUUGGUUAAAAUUUUAACUAUGCUCACAAGCAUUGAUCUCUCAAAUAACAAGUUUGAAGGGGAGAUUCCAGAUGUUGUUGGAAAGCUUUAUUCUCUUAAAGGGCUUAAUCUUUCUUAUAACAAGCUCAGUGGUUGUAUUCCACAAGCAAUGGGAAAUUUGACCAUUCUUGAAUGGUUAGACCUCUCUUCAAAUCAUUUGGAAGGGGAGAUUCCACGAGAAUUGGUAGACCUAAAAUGGCUUUCUGUCUUCAACCUUUCCAAUAAUCAAUUGGUUGGACCCAUACCUCAAGGUAAACAGUUCAACACAUUUGAUGAAAGUUCCUAUAAGGGAAACCUGGGCCUAUGUGGAUUACCGUUGUCAAAGGCUUGCAACAAAAGCACGAUGCAUCCGAAACUACUUAGCUCAAAAAAAGAUGAGCUAUGGGGGUUUGGUUGGAAAACAGUAUUGUUGGGCUAUGGAUGUGGAAUGGCAUUUGGAUUGUUCAUGGGGUAUCUUGUCUUCUGGACAGGGAAACCGAAAUGGCUUGUAACUUUGUUUGAUGGACUACAAAAUCAAAGGACAAGGAAGUCGAAGAAGACUCGAAGGUGUGUUCGAAGAAGAAACUAGCUACAGGGCAGGCAAAGGUUAUUUUUUGUUGUCAUACAUCCAUGCCUUUUCUUUUGCAUGCCUUAGUUUUUCCUUUCCCUUUCUUGUAACAAGUCCUCUGUACCAUGUUCUCUGUAUUCAACUUUACUACUGCUUGUUAGAUGAAUGCUCAUUUUAAUGAUCUAAAUGUCAUUGGCAUGUCUUGUCUUAAUUGGUGCCGAAAUAUUUGUAAUUCGGUCCUCUAAUCAACUCAAACUGAAUUU